ACUGAAAAUGGCGUCCGGUUAAAGCAUUAUAUUAUAUAUAUAUGUUUGUGUGUGAGUGGACUCUAUCGUAAUAAAUUAUAUAUAGUUUAAUUAAGGUUUUAAUUUACUGGUUUGAAGGAUAUUCGAGUCGUCCUUUUAUUUUCUAGUGUACGUAUUUGAUCGGAUUCUAUGUUUCAUGGACACGAUUCAGAGUUUACCGUUAUGUUGAUUUUACUGUGGAAUAUUAUACAUGAGAUAUAAACGUGAUGCACCACAUCAGUAAAGAUGCUUCCAUUGUAUGUUGACAUUCUAUUUUAACGACAAGAAUGUGAUCAGUACUUCUCCUUCAGUCUGAUCGACAUUUAAACAGGACAUUAACAGAUAUUCUGGCAGCGGAUUUAAUUUAAAGAUAAAAAUAUAACUAACGUUAAAGGGAUUAGGAAACAUUCCAGUGAAGAUAUUCGACAUAGAUGAACCCUAGGAUGUAUUGAAUGCAUGGAAAAAGAUCGAACUAUCGUGCAGUGAAUUAGGAAACAUUCCAGUGAAGAAAUUCGACAAAAAUGAACUCUUGAAUACGUUGAAUGCAAAUAGAACGAUCGAAGGAACGUUCAAUGAAUUAGGAAACAUUUCAGUGUAGAAAUGCGACAGAAAUGGGUGUGUUGAAUGUAAGGAAAGCGCUCUAACUGUCGUUCAGUGAAUUAAGAAACAUUUCAAGUAAGACAUUUGACAGAACAGCUCGCAGAAAGAAUUCUUGGUGGUUUCAAUUGCAAAGAAAACGACCUAAGUACCUUUGAGUGGAUAAGCAAACAUUAAAAUCAAGAUAUUUGACAAAAAAGAUCGUAGAAUGAAAUCUUGGAUGUGUUGAAUGCGAAUAUAAGGAUAUUUAGCGUUUAAUGGAUUUGAAACAUUUUCAGUGAAGCAUUUGGACAAUAACCCUCGUAGAAGGAACUCUUAGGUGUGUUGAAUGGAUUAAGAACCAUUUUAAUGCUUAUAGAAUCAACGUUUGGUGUGUAUAAAACAAAGAUAAUGCCCCAAGAAACGUUUCAGUGGGUUAGGAGACAUUUCAAUGAAGAAAUGCGACAAAAAUGAAAUAUUGGAUGUGGUGAAUGCAGAGUUAAGGAUCUAAACGUGUUUUGUGUUGAUUAGGCAAUAUUUCAUCUGGGAAAUUCGAAAAAGAAAGUCGCUGAAGGAACUCUUCGCUCGUUCGAUUUGAUUAGAAUCUAAUUGUGUUUCGUGUGGAUGAUGACGUAAUAUAUCGAGGCAAGUUUAUAGAGUCUGUGUCAAUGUGUGUUUUCAAAUUACUCGUUGAAUUAAUCAACAUCCAAAUUUCAAAUUACUCGUUGAAUUCAUGAACAUCCAAAUUUCAAAUUACUCGUUGAAUUAAUCAUCAUUCCAAUCUCAAAUUACUCGUUGAAUUAAUCAACAUUCCAAUUUCAAAUUACUCGUUGAAUUAAUUCAACUAGUUCAUUGGUUUUGAAACUUAGCACUAUCUUUGGAUCUUAAAGCUUCCUAUAAAUGUUUAUCCGAAAAGCAGUCAAAUCAGUCUGUUUAAGGAUUUUGCUUAUUACCGUUGUUAUCGUUGUUAUUAUUAUUAUAAUCAUUGUUGUUAUUGCCGUUGUUAUUGCAAAAUUUGCGUAGCCCCACUUUCACUUACAUGAAUUAAAACUGAGAAUAAUAUCUAGAACUAAAAGACAAUAUCACAACAAAAGAAAGACAAAACAAAAAGAAAAGAAAAAAAAACCACAAGAACGAAUAUUACAACAAAACAACGAAUAAAAAACCCCAAAAAACGAAUAUCAAUCAAAAGACAGAAUUACACAACAAAAGACAAAAGACAGAAAAACACAAUAGAAGACAGAAUAUCACAACAAAAGACAAAAUAUCAAAACAAAAGACAAAAAACAGAAUAUCACAACAAAAGACAGAAUAUCACAACAAAAGACAGAAUAACAAAACAAAGGACAGAAUAUCACAACUGAAGACAAAAUAUCAAAACAAAAGAACGAAUUAUAAUGAAAAAAGAUGAUUAAAUCCAUUAGUGUUAAUGCUGCAAUAGUAGCUGUUUACUAUAAGUAUUCACAUAGAAUGUGACCCGUGUCUGUGUAUGCUUUAUUUAACAGUCGCUUCCACCGAAGUGAUAUCACCGACAAGAAAGUGACGUAGACAUGGCUGACUGAUGCUCAUCUGGAUUCAAGUAUACGGUUCACCCUCAACAUUUCUUGUCAAUACAUUACAUUCUCGGCAAUGAUAUUUCCUUAAUGUUGUGAUCUCAUACGCGACUAAUGGAAUUCAAGCAUUCUCGGUUGACUGCUCGCCAUAUAUAGAAAACAAAAGACAAUAAUGUGCAACGAUGUGACACAAUAGAAGCUAUUUUAAUAUUUGAUAAAAGUAUUCUUAUAAUGUUUCUUAGAAACUAACGAACCAAGAGUUUAAAGAAAACAUGUAAUUGGCCAUAUUUAAAAUUGACUUUGCAACCGAUGUGUUACAUACCGCGUUCAACACGACACGCGAGUUUUAGAAGACAACUGUGUCGUACGUUAAUAUAAUUUGUUACACUGUCAAAGAAAAGGUAACUGUAUUUUUUCUGUAUAACAGAUUGAAAUUUGUUUUCGAAGUGGUGGUAAUUUAGGAUAUUGAUUAACGCUAGUUUUAGAAGACAACUGUGUCGUAGUUAAUAUAAUUUGUUACACUGUCAAAGAAAAAAACCUCUUAUUUUUUCUGUAUAACAGAUCGAAAUUUGUUUUCUACCUUUUUGCGAAGUGUUGGGAAUUGAGGAUAAUGACUAACAAUGGAAACUAGAAACAAAUUAAGACAACUUGCCGGAAAAGGGAAUCACAAACAACUGAAGAAAUUUCUUACAGAUACGAACACGAAAGCGGUCAAACAACGGAUUAACGAACCUGAUGAGUCAACGGGUACGACUCCGAUCAUAGAAUGUGUGAAAGCCGCUGGAUCGAUCGUUUGCGAACCAGGAGAAGGGUUCGGGUGGUGCGUGAAAUCUUUUGCGGCUGUCGGAGCUAAUCUAAACUUCCGCGAUAAGUCGGAAAGGACGUGUUUACAUUGGGCUGUGGAAAAUAAGAAUGAUUCCUUGGUGUCCAUCUUGGUAGAAUUAGGAGCUGAUUGUAAAUUACGUGAUCAAAAUGGUUUGAAUCCCUUUCAUUGGGCUGUUAGAACAGGAGACAUGGAGUGUGCUGGAGUUAUUCUUAAACUACAACCACAUAUCGUGAAUGUACCGGAUGUUUCUGGGACCCCUCCUAUAGUCAUGUCACUACAGAAAGGUGAAUAUGAGAUGUGUAGAUUGUUAUUGUCAGGAGGGGCUAAUAUAAACACACAAGAAAAACGAUCACAGAGAUCAGCCUUGUAUUAUGCCUUGUUUCUCAACCAACUCGAUCUCUUUGAAGAUAUGCUUGAGAAAGCUGAUAUCAGGAUCUCGGACCACCGGAAAACAACAAUAAUCCAUAGAUGCUGUGCUGUUCCUAGUCCGGAUUAUCUAAAAACAAUAUUUAAAGUACUUCCGGAUAUUCCGUUAUCCGUGGUAAACAUGCCGGAUGCAGAAGGCGCCUCAGCGGUGAUCACGGCGUGUCAGAAUGGUAAUUUCGAACAUUUAAAGAUACUGGUGGACCGAGGAGCAUCUGUGUCUCUCAGAGAUAAAUGUAAAAGAACAGCUCUUCAUCACUGUGCUGAUAAUCUAGAAGAUACUCGAUGUGCCGAGUUGGUACUCCGUAAAGAUCCCUCAUUAUUGAAUAUAGAGGAUUAUGAAGGGUUGAACCCGCUCCACCUCGCCGUUAUAACUGGUAACAUACCUCUUAUAAGACUGUUGUUAAAACGAGGCGCUGACCUCACGUGCCAGGAUCACGCUAAACACACGGUUGCUCAUUGGGCAACGGUGAGGGGUCUAUCGGAAGUGCUAAGAAUCUUAAUAAAAUAUGGUGCUAAUAUCCACACUCCGGAUGCGCAUAAAGCAUCUCCGUUACAUUACGCCGCUCAGGUAGUAGAACCGGAUGGAACGCAAGAAACGUGUGAAGACGGAACAGAUGUGUUACGGAUGCUGCUACAACAUGAUUCAGCAGUAAAUGCUAAAGAUGAUGAUGGGAGAACACCGGUACUAUGGGCAGCCAGUGCAGGUAAUACAGAAGCCUGUAUAAUAUUGAUAGAAGCUGGAGCUGAUGUUAAUAUAGUAGAUAAACACGGAUUAACAGCUGUGCAUUGUGCUGCGAGCAGGGGUCACACAGCAAUACUACAUUGUUUAAUUAAAGAACACAAAGUAAAAGUAGACAGCGUAGAUAGAAACCAUUGUACAGCUUUAUUCUAUGCUAUAACAUUAGGAAAUAUGGAGUGUAUGAAACUAUUAAUAGAACUUGGUGCUAAUCUCUCUCAUCUUGAUACUAGAGGCAGAACGCCAGCUCAUUGUGCAGCUGGUAAAGGUUCGACAGAAGCUCUAGAUUUGUUGCAUGCACGUAAUGUUGAUCUAUGGAAACGGAGUAUAAAGGGUGAUCUCCCCUUACAUGAAGCAGCUCUAGCAGGUCAUGUUGACGUUGUAGCCUUUUUAUUAAAGAACCGCCCAGCUGAUAAAUCUGUGGAUAUAUUGGAUAAGGCUGGUAGAUCGUGUCUACAUUUAGCUGCUCUAACUAAUAACGUCUGGUUAUGCAAGUAUUUAUAUGACGCUGGUGCUACUAUAAAUCUCCUCAUGAAGUCCAAGGGAAAGUAUUAUACGCCUUAUGACGCCGCUCUUGCUAAAAAUAACAAGGAAGCGGCGGAAUACAUCAGAACAAAAGGCGGGAAAACUGGCAUUUCUAUUACACAUCACUCUGCUCGUGUCAUACAGAGAAACUUCCGCCAUAAAUAUGGCCGCCCAAAGAGUUCCAGGCCCCGUUCUAGGUCGCCUGGUUUAGACGGACGGAGAAAGUCUAGUGUUGGAUCUCCGUACCAAGGUGAACGUCGAUCGUCGCAUCGACCCGGAAGUGGAGAGAAUGUGUCACCCAUGCGUAAAAAUACUUUAAGACCGGAAGACAAUAAAAUGGGUUCAAGUGCUAGCAAAGAUGACAACUCUAGAAAAAUUAGCAACGACAGUAUUGAUUCUGUGACCGAACCAAAACCAAAGAAGACGUCACGUCAGAAUAAGUUAAUCGAGGAGGUACAAGCUAGUGUUCGUCGAUAUGAAGCAGAACGGAAAUAUAUACGUCAACUGCACCAGAUGCGACGUGCGCAGUUGUACAUGAGUCCGAUGUAUGACGUAGGUUUAUAUAAACAUAUGCAGGGCGAUACGGAGAGAUCGGCGACGGCAGCUGGUAAUAAGGAAGGCGAGGAGAGUUCGUUAAAAUCUUUAUCUCAGUGGGAUGAAUAUGUUGAAGAUCAAUGUAAGUUUGUUUCACAUAUACACGAAGACAAGAAACCAUCAUAUCGCAGAGUUCAAAGCGCUGCUCAGCGACAACACAAAAAAUUGCAAUCAGAAAUCAACACUGCCAAGAAACAAACAGAUGAACGGUGUGAAAAGAGGCGAAAACAGGCUCAAAAACAAGAAGAAAAGUUGGAAGCUGAAAAGAAGAAAAAGGAAAGAGAAAUUGAAUUAGCUGUUAAAAGAACGGAGGAUAUGUAUAACAAUAUUGAUAACCAAGCAUCGAAUAUCCUGGAGACAGCUCAAAACUAUAAUAAAGCUGAACGAGAACGAAUCAAAGAAGAGCAGCAAAAACUAAAACCCAAAUCAAGUAAAUCACCCAGAACAGAACCUAAACAAGAAAAGAUUGUUCAGCUAUCCGAGUAUGAACAAGCAGAAAAAGAAAGGCGGCAUAAUUAUCGAGAAUGGCAGAAGAAAAGAUCUGAAGAUCUACGCAAAAGACUUUUACAUGCAUAUCGUCCAUAUUUACCCCAUGAUCUGUUCUCAGAUGAUAAACGGCCAUUUGAUAUUAUUACCAAGUCAACAUGUAGUCGCCCGACUACAUCCUUCUCGUAUAACUCCGUGAGAUCCCGCCCGACCUCAACCUUCUCGAAAAAAUCACAGAGGGAAACGACGAACGUUAUGACGGCAUACGGUUCACGUAAAAUAGUGAUAGAAAACGGUUACAAAGAUAAUCGAUCCACACAAAAUGGCAGUGUUAGACCCAGAGAUACCUUGGUGUUUCUGCCACCGGAAGAAUACGAGGCUAAAGAAAAACAACGAAAACAGCGCGAGCAGGAAUACCGAAACCAACAACAAGGACAACAGCAUAUAGAAACGUGUGCUUAGUUAAAGUUAAUAGAGAAAAAUGUGCUUAAUUACAGUUACUAUGGAAACGUGUGCAUAGUAACGGUUACUACAAAAACACGUGCUCGCUUACAAUAUAAAUAAUCUAACACAAAGAUUGUUUCGCCUUUAAAUAUGCCUGUGACUAGCCAAUUGUGGCCUUAUAUACUUAACUGCCCGGUCACAGUUGAUUGUGUAAGCCUUCGAUCGAUUGCCAAACUGCGACGAUCGCCCCCCCCCCUUUUUUUUCGUAAAUACAAUACCCAGAAACAUAUGAGUGCUAUGUACCAAAAAUGGUGGAUACAUUUUACUGUUACUAACAUAUUUAACCUCAAGUAAUUAAAGCACAAUAUUAUGUUAGAGUUUGAUCGUUUUAUAUCCGUCCAAGUCAAUCAGUCGACUACUUAUUUUUCGCGAUAUCACAUAUGUGACCACAACCAGAAGAUAAUGUUAUUUACAACUAGUAAACUGGUAUUUUCUGUAUUCACCACGAGUAAUAAUUACAGCUCGAAUUAUAAUAAGCAGCAUAUUCUCCAUGGCUUUUGUUUGUUUUUUUACGAGCGUACUGCGGAACAGGAACCGACCAUGACGUCAUCACCACCAUCUCGGAAUUGUGGUGGCAUGUGACAAAUCGAAGCGCAGUUGUUCAAGGAACAAGCAUGCCAAGUUUUAUGUUGAUUUUACGUGAAUUGGUGGAGCUUCAUAUUUCGAAUAGCGUUGCCACCAAGAUGGAGAAAAUGGACUGUUUGUUGCCAUGCAGUAGGCUAGUCUAGUAUGUUUAUAGAACACUUGAUACCAUUUCUCAUUUAAACAACUCGGGUUUUUGUUGUAUGUGGAUAUAAGUCAGAUAUAUAUAACAAAUUAUUAUAAAUAAAUAACUGUAUAAUAGAU